GGCGCGGUCCAGGCAGCGGACGGAGUAAGGCAGAGCUGCAGCGGGAGGCCUCCCAGGCUCCAGCGGCGCCUCGUCUCCAGCCCCGGGGAGCAGGCGAAGCGCGGCCUGGGGCCGUGCUGGCCACUGCCAUGCCCUCUGAGCCCCCCGCAGGGCCCUCGGCCGCGACAGCCCCCAAUGCCACAGCAGAGGUGGCCAACAUGAGCAUGCCAGAGAUGCCCCUGUUCCACCUGUUUGCCCACAUGGACGAGGAGCUGCACGCCACCUUCCCAGGCCUGUGGCUGGUGCUGAUGGCGGUGCAUGGCGUCAUCUUCCUGGUAGGCCUGGUGCUCAACGGGCUGGCACUGUAUGUCUUCUGCUGCCGCACCCAGGCCAAGACACCGUCGGUCAUCUACACCAUCAACCUGGUGGUGACCGACCUGCUGGUGGGCCUGUCCCUGCCCAUGCGCUUCGCUGUCUUCUAUGGCACGCAGGGCUGCCUGCCAUGUGCCUUCCCACCCGUCUUCGGCUACUUCCUCAACAUGCACUGCUCCAUCCUCUUCCUCACCUGCAUCUGCGUGGACCGCUACCUGGCCAUCGUGCGGCCUGACGGGUCCCGCCGCUGGCGCCAGCCCGCCUGCGCCAGGGCCGUGUGCGCCUGCGUGUGGCUGGCCGCCGGUGCCGUGACCCUGUCCGUGCUGACGGCAGGCAGUGGGCCCUGCUGCCGCGUCUUCGCGCUGACCAUCCUGGAGUUCCUGCUGCCCCUGCUGGUCAUCAGCGUGUUCACGGGCCGCAUUGUGUGCGCACUGUCGCGACCCGGCCUGCUGAGCCAGGGCCGCCAGCGCCGCGUGCGGGCCAUGCAGCUGCUGCUCACUGUGCUCGUCAUCUUCCUCAUCUGCUUCACGCCCUUCCACGCCCGCCAAGUGGCUGUGGCGCUGUGGCCCAAAGUGCCUCGCCACACCAGUCUCGUGGUCUACCACGUGGCCGUGACCCUCAGCAGCCUCAACAGCUGCAUGGACCCCAUCGUCUACUGCUUUGUCACCAGCAGCUUCCAAGCCACCGUCCGCGGCCUCUUCCAGCGGCACGCGGCAGAGCAGGAGCCAGGCGGCAGUGCGGCCUGCGUGCACAAAAGCUCCAAGGGCUCGGGCCUCCCGCGCGGCCUCUGCACUGGCCCUCGCGCCCUCACGCAGGCCUAGGCUAAAGGGCCUGAGGCUCAGUCAGCAGGACCCUGCAAAGGGGUCAAAGGUCAGGAAUGGGCUAGGCAUGCCAGGUCGAGGACAGCAUAGACAUCUGCUUUGCCCCUAUGGCAAAUCAGGUUCCCACUGAUCAACUGGUGCUGGCUGCCCGGCGCGCUCCAUGGGGAAGGACUCUCAGGCCGCUGAACUCGGGCUGAUUCACAGUGUCGGCCGUGAGCUCCAGGCUGGGUGGGUGGGCUGGAUGCUGAGUGUCUGCCAUCCCUAGGGUGUAGACUGUGGCUGCUGGACACUCAGAGGGGCAGCCAGGAGGUGCUCCCCACCCCCCACCCCCAGGCCUUUCUGUCCCCCAAAGGGCUUCCUGAGGAACAGGGAUGAAUUUUUUACUGGCAAAGAAAGUUUAAAAGACAACCUAAGGAGGUCCCCUCCUCUGCCCUCCCCCUCACUCCCCUCCAGCACCCCCUCCAACGCAAGAAAGCAGGGACACAGACACUGUGGGAGCAGGCCUGGGGGACGCAUGCCUCUGUGGGACCCCUGCAGGCCCGAGGGGCUCAUACCUCUGUGGGACCCCUGCAGGCCCAAGGGGCUCGUGCCUCUGUGGGAUCCCUGCAGACCCAAGGGGCACAUGUCUUCAUCCAAGCUCCCACAAGCCCUUUCUAGUCUGUUAUAUGAGGGUGGGAGGCACUGUGGGGAGAGAAGCUCUGGACCAGGGUCAUAGAGUGAAUGCCUGGGUACUACAAGGCCAGUACUGUCUUUGCCAACUCCUACUGCAGCCCAGGGGCCAGGACUCCGUGGGGCUGCUGGGGUGCGGGAUGUUGGCCCAUGGCCCAGGGUAGCCCAAGGCUUGCUGGGUUUGGGGAUAACUGGGCCCCCCGCCCAGGGCUGCUUCCUGGGCCUGGAUGCCAGAGAAGCAGUGGGCUUGGUCACCAGGAUGGCCUCCAGCACCAUCCCAGCCCUGACUGAGUGCCAGGCUCAGGGCUGGAGCUUCUCCAGCCCCGGGCUCACAGAGGGAGUCCUGCCAGAGACCCUGAGCUGCCUGGGGCAGAGGAGGGGCCUGGCUCUGGGGAAAGGAAGGAGCCGGGAGUGGGGAACCACACGGCGAGGCGAGCGAGGCUGGCCCAGAGGAGCGGCGCCAGUGGCUGUCAGGGCAGGGCCUUGUCCCUCCUGGGCCUGUGGACCGGCACCAGAUGGAAGAGGGAGGGUCAGCGUCAGGCGUGUGUCCCAGCCCAGUGUCACCUGCGGGCUGUCCUCGGGGGUUAGCAGUCCUAAGGUCCACUCCUAGUUCCCACUCUGAUUCACACAGAGUGUGUGGCUGACACUAGCUGAAUGUUGUGCUGGGGCGGGGGGUUGUCACCUGUCCGGAGCAAUCCCUUCCUCUGCCAGGGGGGUUCUUUAGGGCAGGUGAGCCAGUACAGGCCUGGGGAAGAACUGGCUGGCACCUGCUGGGUCCCAGCUCCCCCAGCCCUGCGUCACACCCCUCACCUCAUUACUCCACCCUGAGCCCAAGGGUAGAACUGGGGCCCAAACCCAGGCAGGUGCCCAAGGCCCAUCUCCUCGUCCCCACAUCUGAAAUCCCACCAUCCAACCUGACUUCUCCAGGGACUGCUCAACACUUGGGGGUGGGGAGACUGGGACAGGGGGCCUCCGACGACCCCAGCCUGAGGGGUGGCCAACCAGGUGGGGAAUGGGGGCGGGCCUCGCCCUGGAGAGCCCUUGCUAGGUGGGCCUUGGGAUCCCCAUUCUUCACCCCUCUUUCUCCUCUCCCUGCAGCUGGAGGGCUGGGGCCGGGGCAGGGACUCACCCCACGUGACACUGGCCCCCCCCUCCUGAGGCCAGCUCCCCCCCGACUCUGUCCUCCUGGGUCAGCCUGUCCCUGGUCCUGCAGGAGCCAGUGUGUGAAGGGCCUGUAUCCCCCUCCCCACAGCCUCCCCUCCCGGACUUUUUAAAGCCCCAGUGACGUUGGCAUGUGUAUUUAUAUCUGAUGUAAACAGUCUCCUUAACGAGAAGUCCUCAUCCUGAAUUAAACCUGCUU